AGCGCCCGCAGCCCCUGCCCGCCCUGAGCCCCCCGCUGCCCGCCAUGGAGCGCAUCCCCAGCGCGCAGCCCCCGCCCGGCUGCCUGGGCAAGCUGCCCGCCCUGGACAGCGGAGACCUGCCGGGGCUGGACUUCGCGCACAUGUACCAGGUGUACAAGCCGCGGAGGGGCUUAAAGAGGAGCGAGGACAACAAGGAGACCUACAAGCUGCCGCACCGGCUGAUCGAGAAGAAGAGGCGCGACAGGAUCAACGAGUGCAUCGCGCAGCUGAAGGACCUGCUGCCCGAGCACCUCAAGCUGACGACUCUAGGUCACCUGGAGAAGGCUGUGGUUCUGGAGCUCACCUUGAAGCACGUGAAGGCGCUGACCAAUCUCAUCGAGCAGCAGCAGCAGAAGAUCAUCGCUUUGCAGAGCGGUUUGCAGGCGGGUGACCUGUCAUCGAGAAACCUCGAUUCCAGCCAGGAAAUGUUUCGAUCCGGUUUCCAGAUGUGCGCCAAGGAAAUGCUGCAAUACCUGGCAAAGCACGAGAACGGCAAGGAGCUGAAGUCGUCGCAGCUGGUCAGCCACCUGCACCGCAUGGCCAGCGAGGUGCUGCAGGGCGGGGCCGCCCGCAAGCCCGCCGACAUCCCUCCCAAAAUGCUGGACUUGAAGGAGAAGCCGGCGCCCCUGGGCGCGGCGGGCGAGGGCCACGGGAAGAACUGCGUGCCCGUGAUCCAGCGGACAUUCGCUCACUCCAGCGGGGAGCAGAGCGGCAGCGACACGGACACGGACAGCGGCUACGGGGGAGAGCUGGAGAAAAGCGACUCCAAACCCGAGCAGCCCUAUUUCAAAAAGGAUACCGACCUCAAGUACGCUGUCCAGGAGAGAAUAAGCUCUAUCAAGCAAGAGACUGAGGACCCGCCGGCCAAAAGGAGCAGGCUGGAGUCGCCGCAGGACGAGGGCCCUUUUGGCAGUGACAUGAUGGGCUCUGCCGGCGCCUUCCUGGGCCCCCACGCUCACCAGCCUCCCCUGUGCCUGCCUUUCUACCUGAUCCCGCCGUCCGCCACCGCCUACCUGCCCAUGCUGGAGAAGUGCUGGUACCCGGCCUCGGUGCCCGUGCUGUACCCCAGCCUGCCGGCCUCUGCCGCGGCACUGACGGGCUUCAUGAACCCCGAGAAAAUCUCCCCCCCUCUGCUGAUGCCCCAGAGACUCCCUUCUCCUGUACCGGCCCAUUCCCCCAUCGACUCCUCGGCUCUGCUUCAAGCUUUGAAGCAGAUUCCUCCUUUGAACUUGGAAACCAAAGACUGAGCGCAGUGUGACUGGUUCUUCUUUUUUUUUCUUUUUUUGGUUUUUUUUUUUUUUAGUUUGAGAGACUGUUUCACUUUUAUAUAUUGGCUGGACUGAGGUGUGGGGAUGAGGUUCACUGUGCGUAGGAAGCUAAAUCCCCUUUUCUCUGACUCGUCAGGUAGCUUGGAGAAGGAUGAAGGAUGCGCCCAGGUUAGCGAUUGACAACUGCUUCCAAAAGAUUAAAGAAGGAUUUUGUGCUUGGCCCCUUCCCUUCUUCCCUCUCCACAUCUACAGAGCAACAGUUGACUCGGUCAGCUGCGAAUCUGUUGCAAAGCUGUGAAGAAAUAUUCCAUUGGGCAGGCCUGGUUUGAGGGUCUGCAAACACAAAAUUCACGAAUAUAAAGCACGGUACUUCCCUGAGCUGCUCUGGAAGCAGCAGCCCCGCUGGCUCACCUGAGCUGGGCUGCUGUGCCAGUGUCCCCGAGUGUGGGGGUGGUGGCAAUGCCACCGUGAGCACAGCAGGAGCAGGGCAGUGGCCACGGUGAGGUGGUGGCCGUGGUGGCAAUGCCACCAGGAGUCCAGGAGGAGCAGGCCAGCGGUCACUGCCUGGUCCCACACAGGUCAGGCAGACCUGAGACGGGUUUCUCUCCACACCUUUGCUGAUACAUAGAUAUUUUUUUAAGAAAUAAAAGGUAGCUGCUGCUUGGAGCUUUCCAUGGCGUACAUCUAAUAAAGAAAUUAACCUGCGCCCUUCCUGUAACUCGAGCUGCUGGGCCGGGCCGGGAGGAGCUGUCCCCGGGCUGGUGGCCCCGGCUCCAGCCCCUGCUCCCCCGGGAAUCACCGCGGCUUCCCCGGCUCAGGCAGCGCCCUCCAUCCCUGCCCUGUCGGUGCCUUUGGAGGAUGCAGGGCUGGGAUUUUCCGAGGAGCCGGAGCCCGGCGGGGUUUGAACAUCUGGAUUCCUCCUGGCACAGCUGGCUCGCGUCCCCUGCGAAGGAGAGAGGGCUCGGGUGGUGGCGCUGCUCCUGUGAGCUGCAAGGGGCUUUCUCCACCGAGGAACAUCCUCUCCAGUUUAGCUUCUUUUUAAUUAAAAACCCCAAACUUCACUGCUAAGGGCAGUGCUCUUUGGUGGGUUUUUUCUUACUGGUUUUGAGACCUGGUGAGCAGAAUCCCUGUCUGGAUCCUCAUGUCGCCCUCCCAUUGCACCAGCUGUUGAGAUGCACUAUGCUUGAUUGCAGAUUGUGUUCUAACGUUUAUUUUGUUGUUGGUUUUUUGGGUUUUUUUGGUAUACAGUUGUUGCCUUUAUUUGUAAAAUCCUGUUAUAAAUAUAUAUAUAUAUUAUAUAAAUAUAUUAAAAGUUAAAAUGUUUCAGAUGUCUAUUAUUUGUAUAACUACUUGAGCAUAAAGAAGUGAGAAAUAUGAAUGUAUUCUUGUUUCUGGGUUGUCUUUUUUUUUUGAAGAGAAGAAUAUUCCGUUUUUCUCUCGGGAGAGGUACAGUGUUUAUAUUUUGGAGCCGCCUUCAAGGUGGGAUAUUGUACAUAUUUUUAUCUUGAGUAAAUGUUAAGUAGCUGUUUAAAAAUGCUUAAUAAAAUAAUUCUUUUCCUGUGGAA